CCGAUUCCCGAAGUCCAGACGUUUUUUUUCUUGUAAAAACAGUAACACGUUUUUUUUAAUUAUUUCAUUUAUUUUCUCCACGUCGAGCUUCAGUUACCCCAUAAGCAUAAACGUUUCGAGAAUGAAACUAUAAAAGAUGCAUACAAAAAACGGAAAUGUUGAGCAAACUUGCAGCUUGUCCUAUGAAGACGAAGAAUUUGUCUCUUGUCAAAUCUGCUUCCAUAACUUCGAUGAAAAUGAACGGAUACCAAAACAUUUAGGAAAAUGCCUCCAUUUUUUCUGUAUUCUUUGCAUUAAGAAUCUGGCUGUACGAAAUGGAAAAGAAAUACUUUGUCCUGUUUGUAGGUCACCUUCAGUAUUAUCCCCUGGAAACUGUGAGGAACUGAUAACAAAUCAUGUGGCCUUGCGUCUUUUGAAAGUGGUGAAGGAAGCUCAAACAAAAGCAGAAACAGAAUUGAAGAUACAGAAGUGGUGCUGCGAGUGUAGUUCACCAGCAUCCAGCCUUUGUCUUAAAACCCAGCAUCAAGUUCAGGCUUUCAAAGAGUUUUAUAAUGCUCAGUCUUCAUUAUUAAUGUCAAUAGUCAAUGAAACCAAUUCAGCUGUUGAUAGCACCCUGGAUAAUUGUCGUAAAAUUCGAUCUGCUCACAAAGUCAUUCUUGAAUGGAUUAAAUGGCUUCAGUUGGAAAUAUCUCGAAGAGAUGUGUCAAACAGUGCCACCAUUACUCUGAUGGAAUCUCUAAAAUCUGCCGAAGUGUCUCCCAUUCCUCGGGAAGAAGAUAUGCGUGCCACUAUUAAUCACAUCAAUAAGCUUAUAGGCUUAUCUAGUGAGAGAUCUGAAGAAGUUUGUGGAUCCCAGUUCAGGACUCGUGAUCUCGUCCAGGCAUACGGUAGCAACGUACUAGCAUUCCUUGUUUCGUUCAUGAACGAUGAAGAGCAACGUAAAGCGAGCAGCCCCGGAUUUGCUUUCGUUUUUAACGGUAACAGCGGUGAAACACUCGAACCAUCAAACAUUCCUGACAAUCUGAUGGAAGUCUCCAUUGAAAUAUUCGAGGAUGAAAAACCGACGGAACCACGCCCGUCGUGUUCGACUACUCUGCAUCUUUCCAAGCGUUCUAAUGAGGAUCCACAGUCGAAUGAUUUUGCAUUUAAAAGAAGUCGGGAAUUACCAAACAAGAAACAGAAAGUUAACACCACUCAACAGCCGAUUGGAGGAAAAAUGCAAGAGAUCGAGCUACUCUUAUCAACGCUCAAAUCCCCGACUAAUCAUAGAGAGACAGAUAUGGAAUUGGUUGCGAUGUGGAUGCGCGAUAUUGAACUCGGUUUAAUGCAGACUUUCUUUGAACAAACGUAUGAAGGCCUCCCUGAGCUGGAGCAACAAUGGAAUGAAAUUAAAAAUCAACAAACCUUGGCAAAUCGGCAGUUUUCCUCUGCGGGCUCUUUACUAUAUUCUGCAAUGACACAGAUUUUGUGCGAUAACUCCCAGUUCAGGGAAAGUUUCGUCGUUCGUGUGUCCACUGCACUACAGCAAUGUCAAAAUGACGAGGCAAUACUAGAAGAUGAGCGAGAAAAAAUUCACAACCAAGAAAAUCGACCCGGCCCAUCGCGUGUGACCAAGAAAGAAUCUCCCAAAACGCUACAAGUUCGAAAUAAAUUGCGUAAAGGACAUCAAGCAAUGAGCACGCGUUCAUCAGCGAUAAAUAUUAAGAAAACCGAUCCAUUGCCAUCAUCAUCUUCCGAUGCCUCAUUUGAGUCCCGCUUUCCAGGAGUAACACUAACAGGUUUUCAGAAAUUGGUUUUCUUAACGAUUGAUGACAUAAAAGUCGAGAAUGGCGCCAUAAAGUCUCAGAUUUACCACGCAGUGAAAGGCAAAAUGACCCAAAAGAAUGUCGAUACCGCGAUAGACUUUCUUACUUCAGAAGCGCUUAUUUACAGUACGGUAGACGAAAAUCAUUUUAAAAUCAACUAUUAGCAUCGAUUUCUUCUUAAAAUGUACGAUGUUCUGUGCAUUGAUCGAAGUCAUGCCAACAGUUUCCGUAAAGUAAUGUAUUCGAUUUGGAUAAUUGGAUUGCGUUUGUCUAGUUUUUGCUGAGUUAUUUCCGUUGUGCAUAAUGCCAUAUGAACAGAUUCGACACACCAAAUAGGUGUCAUUUAAUUAAAAAAAAAGGCAUUUGUUAAUGAUAACCAGAUGAUAACAUUUUGCGUCUUAGAAGGCGACAGCUGAUGUAAAAUUUCCAUGAUCAUUUAAUUUCAGUGUAAAUUACUUUGCUAAUAGAAAAUGAUUCAAAAUCAAA